CACACAGCUUUCAAAUCCUUGCCCUCCUACUGUUUGAUGAAUGAUCAACACCGACAAUGCCAAUGGGAUGCUUCUCCCUCACUCCAUAUGCUUCUGCUUCAUGCUCUCACUUUCUCUCUCCUCGGAGUCUCAUUCUCCUCACUCACUCUCACUCUCACUCUGAUUCUCAAUGUGGAGUUUCUCUGAGCAAAAGGGUCUCAAAGCAGCACAAGAGCAGCUCCAUUGUUCAUUCAAAAACCAAGACUUUCGCUAUUGGGAAUGAGACUGAGACUGCGGUGGUUGAGAAGCCCCAAUUGGGUGGUCGCUUCCAAGUUUUCAGGGGCUAUCCCACUCCCUUUGGUGCCACCGCUCGAGACGGUGGGGUUAAUUUCGCCAUUUAUUCUCUCAAUGCACACUCCGCCACUCUCUGUUUGAUUACUCUCUCUGAUUUUCACGAUAAUCAAGUGACAGAGUAUAUUCCUCUUGAUCCAUUAAUUAAUAAGACUGGAGGUGUAUGGCAUGUAUUCCUAAAAGGAGAUUUUAGAGAUAUGCUGUAUGGAUACAAAUUUGAUGGCAAGUUUUCUCCUGAAGAGGGACACUAUUAUGAUUCUUCUCGUAUACUGCUGGACCCUUAUGCAAAAGCAGUUAUUAGCAGAGGAGAGUUUGGGGCUUUAGGACCUGAUGGUAACUGCUGGCCUCAGAUGGCUGGAAUGGUACCUUCCGAUGAUGAUGAGUUUGACUGGGAAGGAGACUUGCCUCUGAAGUAUCCGCAGAAGGAUCUUGUUAUAUAUGAAAUACAUGUGCGAGGGUUCACAAAGCAUGAGUCAAGCAAGACCAAGUUCCCUGGUACAUAUCUUGGUGUAGUGGAGAAGCUUGACCACUUAAAGGAACUUGGAGUAAAUUGUUUAGAAUUAAUGCCAUGUCAUGAGUUCAACGAGCUGGAAUACUUCAGUUACAAUGCUGUACAAGGGGACUAUAAGGUCAAUUUUUGGGGGUAUUCAACUGUCAAUUACUUUUCGCCAAUGAUCAGAUACUCAUCUGCCGGUUUGCAAAAUUGUGGCCGUGAUGGGAUUAAUGAAAUUAAGUUCCUGAUCAAGGAAGCGCACAAAAGAGGAAUAGAGGUUAUCAUGGAUGUUGUUUUCAAUCAUACAGCUGAAGGAAAUGAGAAUGGUCCCAUUAUUUCUUUCAGAGGUGUUGACAACAGUAUCUAUUACAUGGUAGCACCCAAGGGGGAGUUCUAUAACUACUCAGGAUGUGGAAACACAUUCAAUUGCAACCAUCCAGUUGUACGACAAUUUAUAGUGGACUGCUUAAGAUAUUGGGUAAUAGAAAUGCAUGUGGAUGGUUUUCGCUUCGAUCUUGCUUCAAUUAUGACCAGGGCUAGCAGUCUCUGGGAUAGAGUUAAUGUCUUUGGUGCUCCAAUAGAAGGUGAAUUGCUGACUACUGGGACCUCUCUAGGCAGCCCCCCAUUGAUUGACUUGAUCAGUAACGAUCCAGUACUUCGGGGAGUGAAGCUUAUAGCUGAAGCCUGGGAUGCUGGAGGCCUCUACCAAGUUGGCACUUUCCCUCACUGGGGUAUUUGGUCAGAAUGGAAUGGGAAGUACAGAGACAAAGUGCGCCAGUUUAUCAAGGGUACAGAUGGCUUUGCUGGAGCAUUUGCUGAAUGCCUUUGUGGGAGUCCUAAUUUAUAUCAGGGAGGAGGAAGAAAACCAUGGAAUAGUAUUAACUUUAUAUGUGCUCAUGAUGGCUUCACUCUAGCUGAUUUGGUGACCUAUAACAACAAGCAUAACUUGGCAAAUGGAGAAGACAAUAAUGAUGGAGAAAAUCAUAAUAAUAGCUGGAACUGUGGACAGGAGGGGGAGUUUGCCAGUGCCUCAGUGAAGAAAUUGAGGCUACGACAAAUGCGAAAUUUCAUUCUCUCUCUCACGGUUUCCCAGGGAGUUCCGAUGAUAUAUAUGGGUGAUGAAUACGGACACACAAAAGGGGGAAACAACAAUACCUAUUGUCACGAUAACUAUCUUAAUUACUUUCAAUGGGACAAAAAGGAAGAAUCCUCAUCAGAAUUCUUCAGAUUUUGCUGCCUUAUGACUAAGUUCCGUCGGGAAUGUGAAUCACUGGGCUUAGAUGACUUCCCUACAUCAGAGAGGCUGCAGUGGCAUGGUCAUUUUCCUGGAAUGCCAGAUUGGUCUGAAACUAGCCGUUUUGUAGCUUUUACCAUGGUUGACUCAGUGAAGGGAGAAAUUUACAUUGCUUUCAAUACGAGUCAUUUACCUUUCACAAUCACCUUGCCAGAGCGUCCUGGAUACAGAUGGGAACCCCUCGUGGACACCAGCAAAUCUGCGCCAUAUGAUUUUCUCACUCUUGAUCUUCCUGGAAGAGAUAUUGCAAUACAGCAGUAUGCUCAGUUUCUUGACGCCAAUAUGUAUCCCAUGCUUAGUUACUCUUCCAUCAUCCUCUUGCGUGCUCCAGAUGAAAGUGCGUAGCUUGGAGAAUCCUGCUGACUUGUAGACACAAUACCUUGUUGUCAGCAAUAUGUAUAAUCCUGUCCCCUAGUAUGGUGGCAACAUGGGUGAAUCGUUGGAUCAGUAAACAAACCAUAGAGAACUCAUUGGAAAAAUUUCCCUUCCCUUUACAUAGGAAAGGAAACAUUAAGGAGAAGAAAAAGAAGCAGUAAUAGUGAUGGAUGAAUGAUGUGAUGAUGGAAAAGUGGACAAGUUGUAGUAUUUGUAUCAAUUUAGAUGUGAUUCUGCUCUCUGUUUUGUAAUACCUUUCUUGUGAGU